AUGAACUCUCAUAUCAAUAAUCCUAAUGACAAUCAAGAAUUAGAGCAUCCGCCCCACUUCAAAGACGUGUUUGCAAAGGAGUCUUCCUCCGUCGUGCCGUCCGAACAAGUGCCGGAUGCCAUGGAAGUGGUGGAAAACAGAAGGCCAUCAGUGGUGGUGCCCACCAACCUUGAUGCCUCCAUGUUGAAGACGCCCUCCACACCCACCAACCCACACAAUGACUCAAACGUCACUUUUUCAUCACAAGUCCCAUCGUCUACCGAAGUGGGCUCCGCAUCAACCGAGAACCUUCUUUCGCCUUCCACGUCCGCAGAAAUACCCCACCGGACACGGUCGUCUCCUAAAAGUUCAAGACGCCUCAGAAGAAAAAGAUCAAAGUUUUACAAAGGUGCCACGGGUCAACUUUCGACUUCUCCAUCUUUGCUUGCUAACAAUUUGCCAAUCUCCAAGCGGUUUAGAUCGCGCUCUUUGCCAAAUAUUUGGAUUCCAUCCUGUAAGCAAAGCAAGUUGCUCAUUGAUGACCUGCAGCACCAACAACCUUCUGAAAAGGUUCUUCUGCCUCCCGUGAACCUCCAAUCGAUGCACGAGAUCGAUCUUCACGAGAUUCUGAAGAACCCGCAGCUGAGACACGACAUCCUGUUCGAGCCUCAGUUGCAAUUUAGACCAAACCUUGACGGAGAGCGUGGAAAGCGGAAGAAGCUUCAAGGAGAUAAAUACUGGUCUUCGAUCAAAUCCGAGAUCAACUCCAUCAUGGAUUCGAAGAGAUCCAUUUCCGGCAACUCCUCUAUCGUUGUCAUGUUCCAAACUUUGAAGGACAUCCUUCUCAGUUUGCUUCCAUCGAAAGAUAAAGCAGCCAUCGAGGAGAUUAUUGACAUCUCUCUGCUGGUUCAGCAAUUGAACUGCAGAUGCUUCAACUUUAUCAAGUUCUCUAACUGGAUCUCGACCAUCUUUAAGAUGCACUGUGCUCCAAUGAGAGAUUCUUGGGUGGAUGAAAUGAACACGAUUUUUGAACAAGCUUGUUCCCAAACUCCGAUGGAUGUGGACAAGGUUGUUGAAGGAUUGCACGUUCUCUUUUCAAUUCUGGAGGCUAUGAAAUUGGAUGUUGCCAACCACCAAAUUCGCAUUCUCAGACCUCUCCUUUGUUCAACGGCCGUCGCUUUUGAAAAGGAAUAUUUCCAAACAAUCAUUAGAAAGAACAAAAUUAAUCUUCGCGCCAGCUUGGAAUGGUACAGAAAGUCGAAGGACGAGUGUCCUUCAGCGGAAAACAUGCAGCAGGUUCUGAAUUACGGUAUUCUGAAUUUGCUUUCGUGUUCUCACAUGUGUUCUGAGUUCCCAGACACGUUGACUUUUGAUCAUUCCAGAUUGAUCAUUCUUCGUGCUGACAUCCGUCAACUCAUCUGCAUCAAGAUUUGCUUUAUUCUAUACCAGAACCUGGUUAGCUCUUUUGGCUUAUCUCCUUCCGAGUACUGCUCUGCUCUCCAGUUGCAGCAGCUGAAAAAAGAAAUCCUCGGUAUAAUUGUUGACGAGAACGGCAACUCGAAAUGGACAAGAAACUUAAACAACCUUGCUGUUCACUUUGUCAGUAAGUUGACCAAGAACGUGAACCCAGCCAAGGUUAAGUUCUGUUUCAACUGGCUGCUUAAUCAAACGCAACCAAACUCGCAAAUUUAUUCUAUGCUAGAACAGAAGCUGCUUAACUCAUUUUGGGCUGCUCUUAAUUCCGGCGACAUGUCGGGCAUCGAGCAGGACCCAUACAUCAAAGAAGAAUUGAAGGGCGUUUCCGAGAGAAUGAAGCGUCUUGUGGAGUUCCAUUACAGCGUUUUUGGAGACGUCUACAACUGA